AUGCUUCGGAAAUACUUUAAACAUGAUGUCUCGUGCGUGGAAAGCGGCGAAAAAGCUUUAAAUUUAUUAUCGAAAGAACAUUUUAAUUUAGUAUUUAUGGAUGUCGACAUGCCAAAUUUAACCGGGAUAGAAACAACGUUGGCAAUUCGUAAUUCAGACACGAUAUUAAAAGAAAACGUCCACGUUCCAGUUAUCGCCUAUACCACCAAUCAAUGGGAUAACGAAUAUUCAAAGGCAGGAAUGCCAUUACGUCCAACAACAGAGCUUUUCAAACUUCAUCUUGCCAAAAUGACAGAUAAACCACCUUUACCAGAUAAAUUACAUCAUAAACAAGCCAUAACAGACUAUCUAUCUCAACUUAACAAAUCAAUUAAAGAAACAAUAGAUAGCAGAUGGCAAAAUAUCGAUUUCUUUGAUAAUGUUUUACUUAUUUUAACGAUUCCUGCAGAGUUUGAUGAUAGUGCUAUUGCAACAUUGAGAGAAUCUGAAGCCGCAGCAAUUUAUUGUAUGAAAGUUCUUAAAGAACAUAAAUUAGAAGUGGGAGCUUCAUUUAUGGUUGUUGAUUGUGGAGGAGGUACAGUAGACUUGACAACAAGAGAAUUAUUAGAUGAUGAAAAAUUGUCAGAAAUAACGAUUAGGUCAGGAGAUUUUUGUGGCGGUAGUUACGUGGACAAAGAAUUCAUAAAAUUUGUCAGCGAGAAAGUAGGCGAGAAUGCCAUGGAAAUCAUUAUACAAGAUCAUUACUCACAACUCCAAUAUAUGGUUCAGGACUUUUGUAGAAAAGCCAAAUUACCUUUCACCGGUAAUAUGUUAGAAUAUGAAACCUACGAAUUAGAUAUAGAAGAAUUAUGUCCAUCAAUAAAACAAUAUAUUAUCGAUGAAGAAAAGAUUGAAGAGUUGGUUGAUUGUGAAUGGUUGAUUGAGUUAACAUUUGAAGAUGUUAAGGCAAUGUUUGAUCCUGUUAUAGAAAAAAUCAUCAAAUUGAUUAAUCGUCAACUCGAUAGUAACAAAGGCAAUGAAUGUUCAGCAAUGUUUUUGGUUGGUGGAUUUAGUGAAUCAAAAUACCUACAAUCAGUAAUCAGAAGAGAGUUUUCUAGUAGAGUAAAAAAUAUUUCAGUACCAAGUCAUCCUAUGGCAGCAAUUAUCAGAGGCGCUGUUAUGUUUGGGCUUAGAAAAGAAGUAAUCGUUGAUAGGAAAUUAAAAUGGAAUUAUGGAACUGAUGUUGUAAGACCGUGGGAAUCGACAGAUCCAAUGGAUCGUCGUUUACCAAAUGGAUUGAUUAAAGUUUUAAAUAUAUUGGCAGAAAAAGGUACAAAAGUGAAUGUGGACGAAUCAAUCACCACAGUUUAUGUACCCUAUUCGUUGUCUCAACGUAAAAUGAAUUUAGAUUUGUAUAAAACAGACAAAAAUGAUGCACAAUAUUGUGAUGAAGAUGACGAUGUUGAGUUAAUGGGUAAAUUUGUAGCAGAUCUACCUAGAACCGGUGAUUACAAUGAUAGAACCAUUUUGUUAACCUUAACUUUUGGUACUGUUGAAAUUCAAGCAAAUGCUAAAAGUAAAUUAACUGGUGAUGAAUUUAAUACUACUUUCGAGCUAGAUCUUUAA